AUAAAAACUAAUAAAUAUAUCACAAAUAGACUGAAAAACAAUACACAAAACUUAGCCAUGAACUCGUUAAACACACUUUUAUUCGCACUAUUAUUCGCUUAUAAACUAUGCCAUACGAGAGGUGAGGGGGUGUGCGGCGAUUGGGACGCCUAUCGGGACGAGAAGUGUCUGUACGUGUUUGACGGGGUGGGCCAACAGGCGUACGACUCGGCUCAGGCCAUCUGCGAGAACAACAGCGCAACGCUCGUCACCAUUCAUACGGCCGAAGAGCAGGCAUUCCUCACACAACUGGUCUUCGAGAAGCGCAAAGUGGUGGACGACGUGUGGAUCGGCGCCCACCGGGUCGGGGAUGUGUUCAAGUGGACCACAGAGAACGUGGACGUGGGCCCCUACACCAAUUGGGCCAAAGGGAUGCCCACGAAUCUGACGAAUGAGAGGUGCGUUCAGAUGCUGCCCAAGACGUCCGAAGUGGGCAAAUGGGACGACGAGAACUGCACCAAACGAAACCUCUUCGUGUGUCAGAAGCUCCAGAAGUGGACCACAGAUAUGAUCCAACAGACGCUACUCAACGAACGCAAACAGUUGCUGGAGAUCGCGGCCGAGUUGGAGGCGCUCAAGAAGGCGACGCCCUUUCCCAUAGGCUUCACGUACGCCCAGUUGCCCAACACGAAAGAGCCGACAGCCCUGUGGCCGCAGUACACCUGGAAGGAGACCAGUGCCGACCACGCCGGGGUCUUCUUCAGGGUAGUAGGAGGGACUGCGGCACCCUUUGGUCAGGUGCAGGAAGAGGCCUCUCCCCGACUCACCACAAUGGAGAUGACCGACGCUACGGGCUAUAAGGAUAAGAGCGAUCCUAUCGCUAAGGGAGGCUUCGCUAAGUUGAAGGUAGGCGCUACGGGUGGGCCCUGGUAUUGGCAGUUCGAUGUGUCCAACGUGGAGGUGCGCCCUAAAAACCAGGCCAUUCGUAUAUGGACCAGGACAGCCUAAAUAAAUAUAUGAUUUGUUUUGUAUGUGAUUGUCAUUUGCAGUAUAUUCCCAUAAUGUGUUUGAAUGCAAUAAAUUAACAAGAAUAAAUUAUUUUAAGGAUUUUUAAUGUGUGUUUUGAAUUUGACUUGAGC